AUGAAUUAUUUAAUUGUCUUACAAUUAUUAAUUAAUGACUUUAGUAAUAAAAAUAAAAAUGAUACACUUGCUAAGAGUAAUAAUAUUUUAGCACAACAAUCUCUAUGGUUGAAAUUAGAACAAUCAGGUGAAAUUCCACCUCCAAUGUGGGAUGGAGCUAGUGCAUUCGAUGAGAAACGUCAUUUAUUUUAUAUUUUCGGUGGUUUGAAUGGAUCAUACCCAGUAGACUUUCCUCACCCUGUAUUUUCAGUUCUUGAUGUCAAUACUUUGGUUUGGAGAAACCUAGUGGCGCCAGACACUCCAACACCUAGAGCAGAGGCACUGUUGUGGGUUGACCGUAGAACUGGAAAUAUAUUCCUUACAGGUGGUCACGGUCCUUUCCGUAGAGGUUUGGACCUUACUUUUAACACUACAAGCAUGUAUAAUGUUGCCACUUCGACAUGGCAUUCGAUUCCACAGACUCUGGACCAGCAAUAUUCUGCGAACAGAUCGACCGAAGCAAAGGUAGUUGGUAAGAAGGCAUAUGCUAUUUUUGGAACCAGUUCAACUUUGCCAGCGUUUGUUAAUAGACCACGUGGCCUUCAGACAGGUGUCAUUGAAUUCGACUUGAUGCAAGGCGGUUGGAAAAAUGUAACUAUGAAAGGUGUCAUUCCAACUCCAAGAGGACAUCAUCAUUUGGGAUACUCUAGAGAUAAGCACGCUUUAUAUACCUAUGGUGGUUACACAAAGGAUCCAUUGGGAAACUCUACUUUUGGGGAGAGAAAUUAUUUGGGAGAUCUACAAGAGUUUGAUCUUACCACUGGUUAUUGGACAGAGCUGAUUCCAGCAACCAAUGUUACACCUGGAAAGAGAGAUAACGCAAAGAUUAUUCAUGUUGACAAGAAGGCACUUAUCCUUACUGGUGGAUCAAGUUGGACAGGUCAAAACUACAACGAUGUAUGGAGAUUUGAUUUCAAAACUAAACUGUGGAGUAGAGUUAUAGUUGCAGCACAAAUCGAUCCAUUGACAAACAAACAAAUUACUCCACCAAUUCCAAUUGGCGCUUAUUAUUUCACCAAAGAUGAUGAAAAUGGAAAUCAUGAAUUUUGGAUGUGGGGUGGUUCUUCUAAAAUCAAAAAUAGUUGGUUUAAAUUCUCAAAUUGUCUUAUGGAUUCCAAAGAUUGUACCUCAAAAAUCUAUUAUUUAUCUGGACGCUAUGAUUAG